UUUUUGCUAUAAAUAGAAACAAUGGAUGUGUAACGCUGGAGUUUGCGUAUGUUGUAAAUAAUGGGUUAUUUUGUUUAUCUCUAAACGUACGUAUUUCUUAUUAUAUUGUAAAAAUGAACGAAUCGUCACGUUUAUUAGACGAUCAGGAAAAUCAUCGCUGUUCGUACGGUUCAAACAAUCCACAAACAUUUAUUAGUUCACAAACUGAAUCAAGUGAUGUUGUUUAUCAGCAGGUACAAAACAAAUUAAAAAAUAAAUUAAAAUACUUUUUAAUGAAUCCAAUUGAAAAAUGGAGGACGAAAGGAAAAAUUCCGUGGAAGUUAGGUUUACAAGUUGUCAAGAUCAUCAUCAUUACUGUACAACUAGGAUUAUUUGGAAGUGAUAAUUAUAAAUACGAACUACAAAAGUAUAAUACAGAAGUGUCGUUUCGUCACAUAUUCCUUAAAGAUUGGAAAGCUGGAAGAGAUAAUGUUGUUUAUCCACCGUCGUUUGGUGCAUAUGCAGUUUAUACUAAAUCCGAAUUCUUUGACAGUAUCAAUUUUGUGAUCGAUAAACAUUCGUCAAUUAAUCUGUCAUCCGUAGGAUCGUUCAGAUAUGACACAGAUAAUGAUGAAAUUUCUUCGAUUACAUUAUGUAAAAUUCAGUAUCAGAGUUGUGAGAUAUGGUCGUUCAAUUCGAGUGCCGUCAUUGACACGAGUACGGAACAGUUGUGUUUAGAAAUCUUACCGAUUUAUCCUGCGGGUGAUCCUCGAUGGCACACAUUCUCGAUAGAGAAGUUUAUUAAGGAGAAAAAUUUUUCUAUCAAUUUUGAUUGUUUGUUAAAUGUUAAGUUAAAUUUCUCCCUGAAGGCAAUUUAUCUAAAACCGGCAAGCAUAUCUGAAGUUCCGGACUGUUAUAAACUACAUAUAUUCAUUAAUUAUGAUAAUAGUAAACAUGAUGGACAAAUGGUUGUUUCGCUUGAUACGUCUGCAGUAAAAAGAGAUUGUCAUCUUAAUGUCAAAAAUAAUGAUUAUAAAUACAUAUAUGUAUUUAGACAGCUGUUGAAUGCAAUUGUUAUAAUUGUUUGUGUGUUGUCAUUGAUUUUGUGUGUCCGUUCUCUUUAUAGGGCACAAAUUUUGAGAAGAAAAAUAGUUCAGUGUUUUAAUAGAUGUUAUGGAAAAACUCUACCUUUUGAAGAACAGGUUCAGUUUAUUGAUUUAUGGUAUGUUAUGAUAAUUAUAAAUGAUAUUCUAAUAAUAAUAGGAUCUGCUAUUAAAAUAGAACUUGAACAUAAAACAAUAGAAGGAGAUCAGUAUGAUAAUUGUUCCAUUUUUCUUGGAACUGGUAAUUUACUUGUAUGGGCUGGAGUAUUACGUUAUUUAGGAUUUUUCAAAAAAUAUAACAUUUUAAUCCUAACUAUUAAACGUGCUUUGCCAAAUGUAAUGCGCUUUAUGCUUUGUGCUAUUCUUUUAUAUAGUGGAUUUUGUUUCUGUGGUUGGUUAGUAUUAGGUCCUUACCAUAUUAAAUUUCAAUCUCUCAGCAGUACUUCAGAAUGUCUUUUUUCUAUGAUGAAUGGUGAUGAUUUAUUUGCAACAUUUGCUAUUAUCAACACACAAAAUUCAUUAAUCUGGUGGUUUAGUCGUUUUUAUCUUUAUCUUUUUAUCAGUCUCUUUAUUUAUGUUGUUAUUUCUCUUUUUAUAUCAGUUAUAAUGGACUCAUAUGAAACUAUUAAGGAAGUUUACACAGGAGAGAUUCCAAAAUCUGAAUUACAGUUAUUUAUAAAUGAUGAAAAUAUAUCUAAAUCUUUGUAAUUAUAUACUUACUAUACACUGUUAAUUUAUCUGACAUUUAGGUUUUAACAAAAAUCUAAACUUUAAUAUAUAUUAUAAAUUACUUGAAAUUAUAUAAAUUUCAAGUAAUUUAUCUAAAAUGUCACCAAUAGAUCUGAAAUAUUACAUUUAUGAUUUAUUUCAGUAGAUGAAAUUGUUAGCUUACUUAUUUUACAAUAAAUCAAGAAUGAUGUGACUUUUUUUUAUUAGUCCUGACACUACUUUUUAUGUAUUAUUAUUUUACAUCUUUAGUAACCUGGUAUGCAUGUAAUGUUUGAAAGCUUUUUUAAAAUAUUAUAUUCAGAUUAAUUAGAAAUUACUAGUAGUUUUAUCAUUUGCUCUUCUUGAUAUUACUGAAGAAGUGAUUUGAAACUUAUCAUAUGUAAAAAUUUCAAAAUUGCAUUUAUUUUAAA